AUGCAUAAGCUGCGGAUGCACAGGGACUCAGACUCAGGGGACUCCCUGUCCUCAGGCCAGGAUCUGCCCGCGUCACUCUCCCCAGCCAAGAACAAGAGCCGAAAAUGCAGUGUAGGCUGCCCCCUCGUGGGCAGAAAAUCUGAGGAUGUCAGCAACACUGAGGCCAAUCCAGGAUCCCCAGGGGCCAGUGUGGUGGUGGCCUUCAAAUCAGGGAGCAGCCCACGGCUUUCUGCUGGGAGUCAGGCCCACUCUCCACAAACAGACCUGAGGAGAGGGGCCCAGGCCCGGCCCUCAGCGCUUCGGCAGCGGGAGAGCUGCGUCCAGAGAAGGCUGGGAGGUUGCUCCCAGGCCGGCUGGUGUGCGCUGUGGGGGAGACCCUGGAGCCUUCAACGUAGCCAGGCAGGCAAGUGGGGGCAGGGCGUGGGCGCGGACACACCCCCCGCAGUGCCCCCGGCGCCCGGCAGGGGGCGCCGCCCCGCCGGCCCACGCCCCGCCGCGCGCCGGGCAGGCCCCCUCGCGCAGGCGCGCUGCCGCGGGCGGAGGAUCCGGGCCGCGCUUCCUCUCGCCAGGCCUGCGAGCUUCCUCCCAGCGGAGCCCCGGGCGAGCCGAGGUUGGCCGCCGCCGCCGAGCCCGCUGCUGCCCUCCCGCUCCUGCCCCACCCGCGCCUUGCCCGGGGGGGUCCUGCCGGGGCGGGGUCCUGCGCCGCCGUCGGGGCCAUACCCCGGCCCGCCGUCCCUCCCGCUUCAGCCAGUCUCUGGCCGCCGGAGCCCGCUGGGCGUGGAGCGCGAGGAGCCGCGCGGCCCCGAUCGAGCGUCCGGGGCGGCCCCCCGCAGCCAGCGCGACGUUCCAAAAUCGAACCUCAGUGGCGGCUCUCGGAAGCGGAACUCUGCCGGGUCCGCGCCGGCUACAUUGUUUCCUCCCCCCGACUCCCUCCCGCCCCCUUCCCCCGCCUUUCUUCCCUCCGCUACCCGAGCCCUGCGGCCGUCCCCCUGCCUCUGCCUGGCGGUCCGUCCUCCCCUCGCCUCUCACUCGUACCUCUUUGUACCGCACCCCCUGGGGACCCCUGUGCCCCUCCCCUCCCCCCGACCGCAUGGACCGUCCCGCAGGCCGCUGAUGCCGCCCGCGGCGGGGUGGCCUGGACCGCAGUGCCCCAAGAGAGGGUUCGAAUUCUCCCAGGAGCCACUGUCAGAACCCAAAUGGGAAGGGAGUGCACGAGGGACGUACUGCCCUGCAGCUCCGCGGACUCAUCUUCUCAUCCCGAGUCGCCCGUCUGUGGAGCUUAGAGUAGGAGGUGGCUGGAGUCUGGAGGAAGAGGAUCCGUAUGGGCCAGGUCCCUAGAGAGAGUGCUGGACUCCCCUGCCGUUCCCUGUCCAGGGCCUCCCUGCAGGUGCCCUGACUCGCCUCAUUAUCCCACCAUGACCCUGUGGGCUACAAGCAAGCCCAGGGCCCAGUAACCUCGGGUGAGCAGUUAGAAGCCCAGGUCCUGGGACUGAGCCUGUCACCCUUGGCCUCUCAGAAGACCAGACCUAAGCCAAGGGACCUCUGACCUUUGGGUGGGAAACUGGGCAGGCCUUCCGCCCGGGUGGAGGUGACUGAGCGUUAGCACCAUGCCCCCACCUUCUGGCACCCUGGGGCACCCAUUCUCCUAGGCUCUUUGUGGUCCAGACCAGGUGUCAGGAAGGGGUGUGUCCAGCCAGCAGAUUUUUGGAGCUUAACUACCAGUUAACUUCCCCGCCCAUUUUGUACACCCGAGAACGGAGGCUCAAAGGGAGAAGUUGCUACCCCAGGCCCCUAGUGGAGUUAGGCUGGGUAUCCUUUCAUCCCCAGCUCUGCAGGGCUGGAUGGCUGUGGGUGGAAGGAAACCAGGCAGGCACCGUCACCCAGUGGGUACACAGGCCCCCCAGCCUGGCCCCAGAGGGACUGUUGGUUGAGCACGUGCUUCCCUGCAGAGGGCUGGAGGGAGUGAAAGGGCUUCCGGCCCCAGCUGUGGCUGGGUCAGCUAGCAGGAGAUGUGGGGAAUGUGUGGUGUGGGGCCAUCUGUGUGGUGUGGCAGGAAGGCCGGGUCCUGGUCCCGGCUCUGAGUUGAAACAACCUGGUGGUCAGUCCUGACCCAGCGCUCCCCACACCUAUGGCCCAGCUGGCACAGGAGCAGCCAAGUUCAGAAUAUAUAUGGGGUCAGAUGGGAACCGUGGAAGCCCUGUCUCCACUGGCAGCAGACUACAGAGUGGGGACACCCAGGGGGCCUAUUUCAAGCUCCUAGUACCCUGGCCGUUCCAGUGCCUUUCUUGGUUGUGGCCACAGCAGGAACAGGGCAAGGGCAGCAGGGGUGAAGUUGGGGCCUGGCAGGAUCCUCUGGCCCAGGAGAGUAGGCAAUGCCCUAGAGGGUGUUGAGUGGUGUCUGGGCUCCCUUGGAGCUGCUGGCAGUUUUGCCCUGCUCGGUCCCUGCUCACAAUUUAGGUUUUUUUUGUUUUUUCAGUUUUUUUCUGGCUGUCCUGACAUGCACAGUGGAGGAGACCCAGAUGUCCUGGGCCUGUGAGACUCCCCUCACAUGGCCCCACACCCAGCCCUAACUUCCUUUCCAGCCUGAGGGGACUGGGGCUGGAGCCUGACAUGGUUGGCUCCCUCCCACCCCAAGCCAGCCUUUUUUAUUUUGAUUUUAUUUUUAUUUUUACCAACUGUGAGCUAUGAGGGUGCGACCCAGGGUCCCAGGGCCUUUGAAGAAAGGAGUCUGGCUUCUGGCUAGCACGUGUGCAGGGAUGUGCUUUUCAUUCAUUCUGAGAGGGAGUGAGCUUGGUGCCCUCCUCCCUCUCAGAAGCGGCUGCUCUUCUCUCUGCAUUGGGUCAGGGGCAAGGAAAGACCAGAAAAUAUUCCCAUUUACCACUGCAGGGGGGCCAGACCCCAAAAGGCUCAGCCACACAGAGUGGCCCAUGGCAAGGGUUGGAAAGUUUGGGGACAGAAUGCAGCUUCCUCCAAACAAAUAUAGGUAGGGGUUGAGGCCCAUGAUCCAUAGUGUGAUGUGGCUGCCCCCCAAAGAUCUGUCUGGGUGCGGUUCUGGGCUCCAUCUUUUGAAGGAUUUUAAAACCUUGACAAGUCGUCUUCAAAGAACCAGGGAUGUUGAUUGAGUCUGGGAAAGAGAAAGUAGGGACAGAUUCUCCUGUGUCUGAGGGACUGUCCCAAAUGAGAAAGGCAUCCCGUGGCAGAAGUUGUCCCAGACACCUGGGCCAGAGCUAGGGAGCAGGUGGGUCCCAGGGAAGUGAAUCUGAGCUCAUUCUAGGGAAACUAUGAAUGUACUCAUUUUCUUGAUUUAGAAAAUAACAAAACAGCGCUACAGGAAAUUUAGAAAACGAAACAAAAAUCACCCACUCUUUCUUCAGCAGGCAGUGACUGUGUUAGCAUUUUGGAGUUCCUUGCUGGUCUUUUCCCCAUCUUUUUCCUUCAUCGCCGUUGUCACUGGAGUGUGUGUGCCGUGACACCAUUUUCCAUUUAAUACUGCGUCUGUGGGCAUUUUCUCAUGGUGCUACAUGGUCUAAGUAAUGUUGCUUCUAAAAAGCUACAGAAUAUUCCAGGCUGGCCUGCUGCAGCGCCAUCACCCAUACACUGGAGUGUGUGCAUUUUUCCCCUCUGUUGCUGUUGUGGUUGUCAUUACUGUGAGUCCCAAAAGCAGCCAGGGUGUUGGAGGGCACAGGCAACUUGGCACCCAACUGAAUAUGGGUUCCAGGCUCAGACAUGCCACUUAGACCCAGGGUGGAGGGACCUUAGACAGGUCACUGACCUGCUGAGCUGCCUUUAUAUAAAUAACAGGAUGGUGACACCUACUUUAGAGGAAGGUGGAAGAACAGUGUCAACUAACUAACCAAGGGACUCUAAAGUGCCUGGUACAGUCCUUCCUGCACUCCCUCUAGGAGUAGGACUGGCAUUGUUGAAGGAGUGUCCACUGCUGGCUGCCUCAACCUGUGGGGAAGGUGCCUGAGCCACGAGCCGAUGUUGGCUGACCACUUACCUGGCAAAGAGGUGGUCUCUGCCUGGGGAGCCCCUCUGAACCCCCCUGGCCCUGAAGUUCUAGAAUACUAUGAAUACUAUGGCCAGAAUACUAUGGAAUACUAUGGCCAGUGCCCUUCCCUGCCCUCCCCAUUCCCCAUUACCAUGUGAUUGCCUGGCCUAUGGCAUGGGGCUGGCCCUGGGAAGAUGGGCUGCUGGUUAGGGUCCAGGACCUGACUCCACCUUUUCCCUUUCCAGUCUCCCAGCAUCAGAGCUG